AAGUGGGGGAAAAUGGGAACCACAUGAAACUUUCCAAGUCCCAUUACCGUUUGAAAGGGGUUAAGUAUGAAUGCAAGUCAAAAGUCUUGAGUGUCUUAGUCCAUAAUGAAAAAAAUGACCAAAGUGAUGGAAUUCCUAUUGUUUUUGGCAUCGAAAAGGGGGGAAAGUUGCUGUUGUCAAUGUGAAAGCUUAUUAAAUGUCUUGAAGAUAUUUGUAAAAAACAUAUAGAGGUAGAAACUAUGAAUGCUCAUGUAUAUAAUGCAACAGUGGAGUCUGAAGAAUGCAGGUAAUAAGUUGGGUACGUAGUUUUUUAAUCUCUUCCAUUGGAAUUUGAAAUGAUUCUCGUUUUCUUUUUCUUGUCCGUUAUUCUCUCUUGUUUACCACUAAUUCACUCUGCUACACACAGUAACAUUUCUUGGCCUAUCUGCCCAGAAAGUUUCAGUUGCCCUGGUUUGAUCCCGUUCAAGUACCCGUUUUACAAUGUCACAGACACACGAUGUGGGUUGAUCAAGGUCCAUUGUACUUCCAAAGGUGGGGAGAUUCAAUUUGGAGGACGGCCGUAUGAGGUUUUUAACAAGCUUGAUAUUGAUUAUCAUCCCAGUCUUUUAUUCAUCUGGAGCAGAACAUUUGAGCAGCUUGUGAAAAAGAAUAGCUGUGAGGCGCUUAUGAAUAAUUUCACUUCUCCAAGUCCAAGCCCUCUUUUGUAUUCAAUUUCCCUAUUUUAUUCCCAAUAUUCCCCUAUCAUCACUCUCUUCAAAUGCACAAAAAAUGUAACUUAUUUUGAACAGCAUAAUUACAAAAGCUACAACAGUUGCAAAGAUCACACUUUCUACUUUAACUACUGGAACAGAACAGUUCCAAGUGACCUACCACAGACAUGUCAAGUAGUGCAGCUACCUGUGAAAUGGUCACCUAGUCCAGAAAUUAAUGAAACCAAUAUAUUUUCUCUACUCUCUCCUUUUACCUCCAUUUUUUUUAAUUUGUCACAUUCGUGUAGCGAGUGUCAAAAAAAAGGCCGCCUGUGUGAUACUAAAAAUGGAUCACAUGAUGUUCAGUGUUUGGAAGUCAAAAGGGCUGCAGAAAAACCAGGCACAAAACAGGCAUCAAGUCCAUAUAAAGUAAGCCCAAGCAAGGAACGAACACAUCUGGAAAAACAUAAGACGAUUAAGAUUCUGGUUAUCACCGGAUCAGCCUUAAUCCUCAUUCUGUCUCUUGUCAUCUUCAUAAUCUGGCGACUUUGUAAGAGCAACCCUUUUUCCUAUGUCUCAUCAAAGAACAAAUCUACAAACCUUGAAGACAUAGGUCUCUCCUGCGGUGUCUCUUUUUUCUCUUAUAAGGAGCUUGAAGAUGCCACCCAAAAUUUUGACCCUUCACAUGAACUAGGGGAUGGAGGUUUCGGAGCUGUUUAUUAUGGUAAACUCAAAGAUGGUCGAGAAGUUGCAGUGAAGAAACUUCACGAGCACAAUUACAAUCGAGUCCAACAAUUCAGAAAUGAGGUUGAAAUACUCACCAAAUUAAGGCACCCAAAUCUUGUUGUUCUCUACGGUUGCACCUCACGACAAAGCCGGGAACUUCUCCUUGUUUAUGAAUAUGUUCCCAAUGGCACUGUUGCUGAUCACCUCCAUGGAGAACAAGCAGAUCCAUACCUGCUAACUUGGCCGAUACGGAUGAACAUUGCCAUUGAAACUGCCAGUGCACUGGUGUACCUUCACACUUCUGAAAUCAUACACCGAGAUGUAAAGACGACCAACAUUCUUCUUGAUCACAAUUUUGGUGUCAAAGUAGCAGAUUUUGGCCUCUCAAGACUUAUACCGAGUAAUGUAACUCAUGUGUCAACAGCUCCGCAGGGAACUCCAGGAUACCUGGAUCCACAAUAUCACCAACGCUAUCAAUUAACGGAUAAGAGUGACGUUUACAGCUUUGGGGUAGUCUUAAUUGAACUGAUAUCGUCAAUGGUGGCUGUCGACUUAAACAGGUCUCAAGAUGAGAUUGGUUUGGCUAACCUCGCUAUAAACAGAAUCAAAAGAUGUGAAAUUGAUGAACUAAUUGACCCAGUUUUAGGAUCUGUUACAAAUCCUGAAAUCAUGAACAUGAUCACACUAGUAGCAGAAUUGGCUUUUCGGUGUUUACAGUAUGAUUCCGAUAUGAGGCCUACAAUGAAUGAGGUGCUGGAUGUGUUGAUGGAUAUUCAAGCCGUUAGUAGGAUAGACACUUAUGACAGUAACAGAGACUUGCAAACUGUGAAUGUGACGCCUUUGUCUGAAGCCAAUGAUGCGGUGGGUUUGUUGAAAGAUUUCCUACCUUCUCCGGUCUCUGUCACUAGUGAGUGGCAAAGCAAUAACAGUGCAUCAACUACGCUAAGCGGCAAUGGAGAUGAUUUGACAAUGAAGAAUGAUAUCAAUACAUAAAAAAAAACCAUGGGAACAAGGAUGGCAUUAGAACCUCUCUCUCAUUGUUUUUAAGAAAAUCAUGAUAGUAGCCAUUAGGCAUGAUAUACGUGGACUCUUGUAUCUACUUUUGCUCGUGUAUCUUACUUUUUUUCAUUAAUGCAAACUGUAUCUACUUUUGCAAGUAUAUUUGACCCAUUGAUACA